AUGUCUCUCUAUAGUAUUGACUUCUUAAAUUUUAAAUAUAAUGAAGACAAUAAAUUUGAAAAGUUGUAUUCGCAAAAAAUACAUAAAGCAUUGAAGAAAGAUGUAAUAAAUGCGGAUUAUGAUCAAUAUUGCCCAGAUAUAAAUCUGCAUGAAACAGAAAAAAAUGUUGUUAAAAAUCUUUGUAAAAACAUUAUAUUCAAUUUGAAUGAAUUAUUGAAUGUUAAAGAUAUAGGGGAAAAUAAUAGAGAGCGUUUUUUAAAUGUAAAAUACUGA